AUGUGAAACUACCCGGACGACGGAGAUGCGGACCAGUGCAACAACGUCAUGUGAACAUAGUUUGAUGACAUGUCGCUUGUUUAAAGUUGUUAGGGAAAACCUAGCGGCAUGGUGUUGAUCCAUAAAUAAUGUCUGAAGCCGCUUUAGAGGAAGUUUCAGUUUUAUCGUCCAUUUACUGCGGAGAAGGAGAGUUCGAGCUCGUCCAGCAGUCUGCUCAGGAUGGGAUCCUGGUCCAAAUCAACAGCACUGUUGGAGGGGAGAGAGGGCGGAACUUGAGUCUGUUGUUCCAUCUGCACCCCAGGUAUCCUUCCUGCCCCCCUGACAUCUCUGUCUCUUCCACUGGUCUUUCUAGGACUCAGUGUCACAACAUCAGACAGAAGCUGCUGGAUCAAGCUUCAGCCUUACCACCAGAACCAAUGGUUCAUCAGCUAGUAGACUGGUUACAGCAGUGUGUGGAGGUGACAGAGGAGUUCAGAGGAGGUGAGAAGAAGGUGAAAGAGACAGAGAGAGAGGGGAGGUGGACUGCAGUGCUGUUGUUGGACCACAUCAGAUCUAGAAAUCGUUACAUCGGACUGCUGGAGCGCUGGACCCAGCAGCUGCAGCUGACUGUGAGGUUAUUACUGGGACGAAGUAUUCUGGUUAUUCUGCAGGGAGCCAGACCUGACAUCAAGGAGUUUUGUUGCCUGUUGAAGACAGUAAGGGUGGAUGUGGAUUCUUCGGGCAAGAAAUGCAAAGAAAGGAUGAUGAAGGUUCUUGCUGAAACCCCUUUGUCUUCCUCCUGUGGACAUAGUCUCCAGAGUUUUGUAGUGAAGGAGUACCAGUCAUUCCCAGAGCUGAAUGCAGCCUUUCAGGAACUCAACAUAACUGAGCUUUACCAGCAGAUACUGCCAUCAGUAAGUGACUGAAGGCACACAAGUCAGCAGGGUGACUGAACCUAAACGUAGAUGUGCCUUUACCACUCUGGACUCUACAGCUUGAGUGUAGAAACUCUUAAAAGUCUUCUCCCAAUAAACAACUACAACACA